UUUGGUACGUAUCUACGAACAAUUGAGACUAUCAUCAUGUUGUUGUCAGCUGAGAUCUGCACCACAUCUUCAGAGGUGGCCGCGCCUCUCUAAAAUACACACUGUGAUCACAAGGGUGAUAUGACGUCAGCCUCACCUCACACGACGCGUUUAGUCGCGCCAUGUCGCGACCAUCGCUGGUACUGGUUAGAUAUUGAUAUUAUCUUGAAUUAUAUUCAAGGGCGCUCAGUACCAUUGAUUCGUCAUGGGUGGAAAGUCGCGUCGUCUAAGGGUGUGAAACAUUCGACACUGUACAUUACGUAUGGUAGCUAUCAAUAAAUCCGCGCAGAGAUAAAGUCUGCGUUGUCAUCUUGUCUCGGUAUAAUAAUCUCAUACUGCAUUCCAGCUCUUGAAACGUACCGGUAGCACUAUUACUAAAUAAAUAUGCCGCCCAAACGCAAGUCCACCGGCUCCAACAGCCAAACCAACAAAAAGACCAAGGCUGCAACGCCACCAGCCGAGCCCAAAUAUGAGCCACCUCGCAGCAACCGUUGGUCAGCCGUCUCUGCGUCCGCGAACGCAGAGAAGGACUACCGCAUGUGUUGGAAAGACGAGGAGAAGGCAUAUUCGUACAUGACACUCUGCUCGCCUUCUUAUGCUGAGGAGGAGGACGAAGACGAAGAAAAUGACAAAGGUGAUGCCGACAAUGGAGGCUCCGAGAACGCAGAGACCUCUGAUGACGAGGCUGUCAUUAUAGAAGGAGAAGGAGAAGAUGGCGAGGGCACAAAACAACCCCGAUGCGGGAUAAAUUGCGUAUGCUUCAAGCCGCUCACUGCAAACCCCGAUCACCCCUGGGUCAUCAGUGACGCAGGCUAUAGCAAAUUCAUGAACCAAUUCCUGCACAACUUCGUUCGGGUCCCCGACCUGUUUUCCAUGUACAUCUUCAACGACUGGGCGGCAUAUGGCUCGUUGGAGAUCUUGGAGAAUCUGUACCUCGACUUCGAGGAAGCUGAGAAAAAGCAGCGCGGCGGGUGGCGCGAGCAAUGGGCCAUCUGUGAAGGCACUGUCCAUUGGCUCUUGCAUCACACCGGCCAAGCUUUUUGCAUGGCCGACGACGGCGAAAGAGUACAAGAGGCCUCGCGUCUCGUCGGCCGCAUGUUUCUCGCCAUGUUAGCGCAGCUAGACGAGGCAGGUCUCGUGGGCGAUGCGACAGCCGUGAAGAGCUUGGGUUGCACCAUGGCUAUGUACAUGCUCCUCGCCUCUAAUAUGCGGAGGCUGAAUGUCCUAAAAGACGAGCCUCGCAAGAGAUACACUAGUAAGCUCAAAUUCCAACCGGAUUACUUCGAGGACGGGGUCAUGGCAUACGUCAACAGGCGCGGUGUCACACUGCGAGGACCCGAAGAGAUUGAAGAGUUGAUGGCCGCGGCCAAGGGUGACAUUGAAUUGCCCAAGAAGGGCAAUAAAGACCCCUGGGGUUGGAAGGUAGCGCUUAAGGCGUACACCAAAGACCGGGGGGUUCCACGCUAUAUUAUCGUCGGAAGUAGACCCAAAAUCGGUGGUGACCGUUACGACGUUACGACCAUACCGUCUUCUGAGCGGAAGGCUGCCUCGUUUACUGGGAAAGAUCCGUUUAGCAAGAAGGAGCUUGAGGCUCUCAAGGAUGGGAUGAUCCUAAGCCCGGCAUAAGAUAUUGGAGGAAUAUGAUCAAUGCCACAUAGAAUGGGUUUUGUCAAAGUAUUGAGCGAAAAUGUAGAAUAUAAUGGUCGAUGUAGAAAGAUUUGGGUUUCUGGGGGUCAUAUGGUAUCAUGGAUAAUUUUAGCCAGCUGGCUGGCCGAAGUGUAAAGAAAA